CCCGCCUGGCCUUUUACAGCCCGACUCCCGCCCUUCCUGGCCUCCACUCCUGGGCGGCGGCAGGCCUCGCGUCUGGCCCCGUGAGGGUGCCCCCGCGGCCACCCGCAGCAGGCGUGCCUUGUGUGCCCCUGGGCCUGGCCCCGAACCCGGUGUCCCCAGGUGGGGGGUGGGGACACCACGGCCGAAGCUGCUAGCUCCGUUUGUGAUCCGGGAGCCUGGUGCCAGCGAGACCUGGAAUUUCCGGUCUGGUUGGUCUUGGGCCCCGCGGAGCCAGGUUGAUACCCCUCACCUCCCAACCCCAGGCCCUCGGAUGCCCAGAACCUGUAGGCCGCACCGUGGACUUAUUCUUAACCGAGGGGGUGCUGGGGGGACCCUGAUGUGGCACCAAAUGAAAUGAACAAAGCUCCACAGCCCACAGGCCCCCCACCUGCCCCAUCCCCUGGACUCCCACAGCCAGCGUUUCCCCCGGGGCAGACAGCGCCGGUGGUGUUCAGUACGCCACAAGCGACACAAAUGAACACGCCUUCUCAGCCCCGCCAGGGAGGAUUCAGGUCUCUGCAGCACUUCUACCCUAGCCGGGCCCAGCCCCCGAGCAGUGCAGCCACCCGAGUGCAGAGUGCAGCCCCCGCCCGCCCUGGCCCAGCUGCCCAUGUCUACCCUGCUGGAUCCCAAGUAAUGAUGAUCCCUUCCCAGAUCUCCUACUCAGCCUCCCAAGGGGCCUACUACAUCCCUGGACAGGGGCGUUCCACAUAUGUUGUCCCGACACAGCAGUAUCCUGUACAGCCAGGAGCCCCAGGCUUCUAUCCGGGUGCAAGCCCUACAGAGUUUGGGACUUACGCUGGCGCCUACUACCCAGCCCAGGGUGUGCAGCAGUUUCCCACUGGUGUGGCCCCCGCCCCAGUUUUGAUGAACCAGCCACCCCAGAUUGCUCCCAAGAGGGAGCGGAAGACUAUCCGAAUUCGAGAUCCAAACCAAGGAGGGAAGGAUAUCACGGAGGAGAUCAUGUCUGGGGCCCGCACCGCCUCCACACCCACCCCUCCCCAGACGGGAGGUGGUCUGGAGCCUCAAGCUAAUGGGGAGACCCCCCAGGUUGCUGUUGUUAUUCGGCCAGAUGACCGGUCCCAGGGAGCAAUCAUUGGGAGCCGACCGGGGCUGCCUGGCCCAGAACACAGCCCUUCAGAAUCCCAGCCUUCAUCACCUUGUCCGACCCCAUCACCACCCCCAAUCUUGGAACCGGGGUCUGAGCCUAAUCUCGCAGUCCUCUCCAUUCCUGGGGACACGGUGACAACGGGGAUGAUCCAAAUGUCUGUAGAAGAAUCCACCCCCAUGCCCCGUGAAACUGGGGAGCCGUAUUGCCUCUCUCCAGAACCCACUCCCCUUGCUGAACCCAUACUGGAAGUAGAAGUGACACUUAGCAAACCAAUUCCAGAAUCUGAGUUCUCUUCCAGUCCUCUCCAGGUUUCCACCCCCUCUGCAUCUCACAAAGAGGAAAUUCUUCCUGAACCGAAUGGCAUGGUCCCAUCUGAGGAUCUGGAACCAGAGGUGGAGUCGAGCCCAGAGCUUGCUCCUCUCCCUCCCCCAGCUUGUCCCUCCGAAUCCCCCAUGCCCAUUGCUCCAACUGCCCAACCUGAGGAACUGCUCAACGGAGCCCCCUCGCCACCAGCUGUGGACUUAAGCCCAGUCAGUGAGCCAAGGGAGCAGGCCAAGGAGGUGACAGCGUCAGUGGCUUCCCACACCGUCCUCUCUGCCGCUCCAGCUGUGGCUCCUCCAGCUACUUCCCCAGCUCAGGAGGAGGAAAUGGAGGAAGAGGAAGAAGAGGAAGAAGAAGGAGAAGCAGGAGACGCUGAGGGUCAGAAAGGAGGAGAGGAACUUCUCCCCCCAGAGAGCACCCCCGUUGCAGCCCACCUAUCUCAGAAUUUGGAGGCAGCAGCCGCCACCCAAGUGGCGGUGUCUGUGCCAAAGAAGAGACGGAAAAUUAAGGAGCUCAAUAAGAAGGAGGCUGUGGGAGAUCUUCUAGAUGCCUUCAAGGAGGUGAGCCCAGGAGUACCAGAAGUGGAGAAUCAGCCUCCUGUGGGCACCAGUCCUGGUCUGGAGCCUGAGGGCAGCAGUGCAUCCCCGAGGCCUGAGGAAGCAGACGAGACCUGGGACUCAAAGGAAGACAAAAUUCACAAUGCUGAGAACAUCCAGCCCGGGGAACAGAAGUAUGAGUAUAAAUCAGAUCAGUGGAAGCCUCUAAACCUUGAAGAGAAAAAGCGUUAUGACCGUGAGUUCCUGCUUGGCUUUCAGUUCAUCUUUGCCAGUAUGCAGAAGCCGGAGGGAUUGCCCCAUAUCAGCGAUGUGGUGUUGGAUAAGGCCAAUAAAACACCACUGCGACCACUGGACCCCACUAAACUUCAAGGCAUCAAUUGUGGUCCAGACUUCACUCCUUCCUUUGCCAACCUUGGCCGACCAGCCCUUAGCAACCGUGGGCCCCCAAGGGGUGGGCCAGGUGGGGAGCUGCCCCGAGGGCCGCAGGCUGGUCUGGGACCCCGGCGAUCUCAACAGGGCCCCCGAAAGGAGCCCCGCAAGAUCAUUGCCACAGUGUUAAUGACCGAAGAUAUAAAGUUGAACAAAGCGGAGAAAGCCUGGAAACCCAGCAGCAAGCGGACGGCCGCUGAUAAGGAUCGAGGGGAGGAGGAUGCUGAUGGCAGCAAAACGCAGGACCUGUUCCGCAGGGUGCGCUCCAUCCUGAAUAAGCUGACACCCCAGAUGUUCCAGCAGCUGAUGAAGCAGGUGACGCAGCUGGCCAUUGACACCGAGGAACGCCUCAAAGGGGUCAUUGAUCUUAUCUUCGAGAAGGCCAUUUCAGAGCCCAACUUCUCUGUGGCCUAUGCCAACAUGUGCCGCUGCCUCAUGGCGCUCAAAGUGCCCACUACAGAAAAGCCAACAGUGACUGUGAAUUUCCGAAAACUGUUGUUGAAUCGAUGUCAGAAAGAGUUUGAAAAAGACAAAGAUGAUGAUGAGGUUUUUGAGAAGAAGCAAAAAGAGAUGGAUGAAGCUGCUACGGCAGAGGAACGGGGACGCCUGAAGGAAGAGUUGGAAGAGGCUCGAGACAUAGCCCGGCGGCGCUCUUUAGGGAAUAUCAAGUUUAUUGGGGAGUUGUUCAAGCUGAAGAUGUUAACAGAAGCGAUAAUGCAUGACUGUGUGGUUAAACUACUUAAGAACCAUGAUGAAGAGUCCCUUGAAUGCCUUUGUCGUCUGCUCACUACCAUUGGCAAAGAUCUGGACUUUGAAAAAGCCAAGCCCCGCAUGGAUCAGUAUUUCAACCAGAUGGAAAAAAUCAUUAAGGAAAAGAAGACUUCGUCCCGAAUCCGCUUUAUGCUGCAGGAUGUGCUGGAUCUGCGACGGAGCAAUUGGGUGCCACGCCGUGGGGACCAGGGUCCCAAGACCAUUGACCAGAUCCACAAGGAGGCUGAGAUGGAGGAGCACUGGGAACACGUAAAAGUGCAGCAGCUAAUGGCCAAGGGCAGCGACAAGCGUCGGGGCGGCCCCGCAGGCCCACCCAUUAGCCGUGGCCUCCCACUUGUGGAUGAUGGUGGCUGGAACACAGUCCCCAUCAGCAAGGGCAGUCGCCCUAUCGACACCUCACGACUCACCAAGAUCACGAAGCCUGGCUCCAUUGAUUCUAACAACCAGCUCUUUGCACCUGGAGGACGAUUGAGCUGGGGCAAGGGCAGCAGUGGGGGCUCAGGAGCCAAGCCCUCCGAUGCAGCAUCAGAAGCUGCUCGUCCAGCUACUAGUACCUUGAACCGCUUCUCAGCCCUCCAACAAGCAGUACCUACAGAAAGCACCGAUAGCAGACGUGUGGUGCAGAGGAGUAGCUUGAGUCGGGAAAGAGGUGAGAAAGCUGGGGACCGGGGAGACCGCCUAGAGCGGAGUGAACGGGGAGGUGACCGUGGGGACCGGCUCGAUCGCUCUCGGACACCUGCCACCAAGCGGAGCUUCAGUAAGGAAGUGGAAGAGCGGAGUAGAGAGCGGCCCUCCCAGCCUGAGGGACUGCGCAAGGCAGCUAGCCUCACAGAGGAUCGGGACCGCGGACGGGAUGCCGUGAAGCGAGAAGCCACCCUGCCCCCGGUGAGCCCCCCGAAGGCUGCGCUUUCUGAGGAAGAGCUGGAGAAGAAAUCCAAGGCCAUCAUUGAGGAAUACCUCCAUCUCAAUGACCUGAAGGAGGCAGUGCAGUGCGUACAGGAGCUGGCCUCACCCUCCCUGCUCUUCAUCUUUGUGCGGCAUGGCAUUGAGUCAACACUGGAGCGCAGCACCAUUGCUCGUGAGCAUAUGGGGCGGCUGCUGCACCAGCUGCUUUUGGCCGGGCACCUCUCCACUGCUCAGUACUACCAAGGGCUGUAUGAAAUCUUAGAACUGGCGGAAGACAUGGAAAUUGACAUCCCCCACGUGUGGCUCUACCUAGCAGAACUCGUAACGCCCAUUCUGCAGGAAGGUGGGGUACCUAUGGGGGAGCUGUUCAGGGAGAUUACAAAACCUCUGAGACCCCUGGGCAAAGCUACUUCCCUGUUGCUGGAGAUCCUGGGGCUUCUAUGUAAAAGCAUGGUAAGUAAGAGCCUUUUGGGGGUGAUGUGUCAGGACUUCUCUUCCCACCAUGCGGUUUGGGCUGGUUACGGUGACUCUGGUGCCUCAUGGCCCUUUGGUGGGAUGGGGUUAAUGGUGAUGGUGUGCUGUGUUGGUCCCUGGGAGAGGAAACGUCGAGGCUGGCACUCUCAGACCAGUUCCUGUCGUGAGUUCUGGACAAGACUGGGGGAGAACAGCAAUCUAAGACCCUAAGUCCUUGAUUGAUUG